CAGACAAGUUCCUGUGAACAACCUGUGAACAAGGAACAACCUGUGAACCUUGUUCAUAUCCUGUGAAAAGAAGAAUUCUUGGGGCUACAUUUAGGUUCUUCUGCUAUAUGCCAUAUGUAGCUCUCUGUUAUACAUUUUAGUCCUAAAGAAAACUGAAGUCAAAGAAGCAAGGCAGGAAGCUACUUCAAUCGUGAAACCAACAAGAAGAAAAUAAGAGAUCACCAUGUCUGUAAUUGCAGCUUUCUAUGGUGGCAAGUCAAUACUCAUUACUGGAGCCACAGGUUUCAUGGGCAAAGUUCUAGUGGAAAAACUACUUCGAACCAGCCCAGACUUGAAAGUCAUUUAUAUCCUUGUGAGGCCCAAAGCUGGACAGUCUCUGCAGCAAAGGGUUUCUCAGAUGAUGAAUUGUAAGCUUUUUGAAAAGGCCAAAGAAAUUUGCCCAAAUAUCUUUGAGAAGAUCAGACCUAUUUAUUCAGAUCUCACAAAGCCGGAUUUGGGCAUCAGCAAAGAAGAUUUAGAGGAGCUCCUGACCCAUACCAAUAUUAUCUUCCACUGUGCAGCAACAGUUCGCUUUGAUGAUCCACUAAGACAUGCUUUGCAACUCAACGUCAUUGCCACCCAGCAGCUUUUGUUCAUGGCCAGCCAGAUGUCAAAGCUUGAAGUCUUCAUUCAUUUCUCCACUGCCUAUUCCAACUGUAACUUGAAGCACAUUGAUGAAGUUAUCUACCCAUGUUCUGUGGAACCCAAGAAAUUGAUUGAUUCAGUAGAGUGGUUAGAUGAUUCAAUCAUUGAAGAAAUCACCCCUAAGUUGAUCGAGAAUCGACCCAACACUUAUACAUAUACUAAGGCCUUGGGAGAGAUGGUGGUGCAUCAAGAACGUGGGAACCUAAAUGUUGCUAUCAUAAGACCAUCCAUCGUUGGAGCUAGCUGGCAGGAACCUUUUCCAGGUUGGGUUGAUAACUUAAAUGGACCAAGUGGACUCAUUAUUGCGGCUGGGAAAGGGUUUCUACGUUCACUAAAGGCCACUCCAAAAGCUGUGGCAGAUGUAGUCCCAGUGGAUUUAGUCAUUAACCUCACUCUGGCUGUAGGGUGGCACACUGCAGUUCACAGACCAAAAUCCAUUUUAAUCUAUCACUGCACAAGUGGAAGUCUUAAUCCUUGCUUGUGGACAGACCUAGGAUUUCAAGUCUUAGCCACUUUUGAAAAAGCUCCCCUUGAGAAAGCAUUUAGAAGGCCAAAUGCUGACUUCACAACCAACAACUUCUCAACUUAUCUUUGGAAUACUAUUAGUCACAUGGCUCCAGCAGUGAUGUAUGACUUUUAUCUUCGCCUCACAGGAAGAAAGCCCAGAAUGGCAAAACUGAUGAAUCGCAUGUUGAAAACUAUUUCCAUGUUGGACUAUUUCAUCAAUCGCAGUUGGGAAUGGAGUACAUGCAAUACAGAAAUGUUAAUGUCUCAGCUAAAUAAUGAGGACCAGAAAUUAUUCAACUUUGAUGUGCGCCAUUUGAAUUGGUUGGAGUACACUGAAAACUAUUGCUUGGGAAUUAAGAAAUACCUACUGAAAGAAGAUAUGGCUGGGAUUCCUGCAGCAAAGAGACAUUUACGAAUGCUCAGAAACAUUCACUACCUCUUUAACACAGUCCUUUUCCUCAUCAUCUGGCGCUUUUUCAUUGCAAGAUCUCAGAUGGCUCGGAAUGUCUGGUACUUCGUGGUGAGCCUCUGCUAUAAAUUCCUUUCCUACUUCAGGGCAUCCAGCACCUUCAGGCACUGAGAACAAUCAAAAUUUAUCCAUCUUCUGUUGAGCUCGUUGAACACAACAAACUGUGGCUAUCAAGCAUUAGAAACCAUGCAGGAACUUGUCCUUUUACCUGUUACAGAGCAUAUGUGUAGUCUUGUAUUCAUCUUAAUUCCUAACUGUAUUUUCUUGAUUGAUACAUUGUGUUUUUAUCUUCCAGAGGAUGCCUAAUGAAAUAAAACCUCACUGCAAUCCCUUAAGCCAUAAAUCAUAAAUUUUGCUGAAAAAAAAAUGAUCCUAGAAUAAUUUCCCAAUAUUGUAUUUCAACAUUUAUAUAUGUGUGGAAUAAUAUAACUUCUUUCUCCCUUCUAACUUUAAUUUUUUUUUCUGUACAAUAUUUUGGUGUCAAUUUUAAAAGCACAAAAUAUAUUAAGAAAUAAGAGCUAAAAAUGUGAAUUUUUAAGAACAAGAUUACACUGUGAUUGUAGCACCCUUCUGGGGAUUAAAUUUUAAAAUUAAAAAUUAAAAUUGGCAGAAGAAAACAUAUUUUCAACUCACUAAUAAGUGAUAUAAGAGAAACUGCUAACCUUUUAACUUUUUACCAUGUCCUCUCAAUGUAACCAAUAUUUUCAAAUCCCUGUGGAAAAGAGUUUUCAAAUUAAGAAAUUAACAUUACUAAGAAAAAAAAAUACAAACUGUUCAUAAUACAUCUUUGCAAUUAGAAUAGGGAUUUUAACCAAGACUUUGACUUUAUGUAAUUUGGAAUUAUAAACUAGUGUUCAAAUUUCUUUUAAUUACUAUUCCUCUAGCAGUUUUAUUACUUUCUUCAAAAGCUCAUUUUCCCUACCCUCUCCUAUUAUUAUGCUACCUAUAACUACUUUCUUUAUAAAUUCUCUAUAUUUAAGCCCUGUUCAGUUGUUACUUCAAUGAGGGCAAAUGGUGGAGGUAGUUUUCAAAAAUAUAUCUAAAAACAUUUCCCAACUGAAAAUUAUGAAAUAUUAUAAAAGUAUUAAGUAAAGCAGGAUUUGAAACCAAGUAUUUAGUCAUAAUUCCUAGACAAGGGAAAAGAGUAGAGGGAGCAGGCACUUUUUCCACAUCUGUUGAUUCAAAAUACUGUUCUAUUUAUGAGUAACCUGAUAGGUCUAGCUGACUCAGUGUUAGGUGUGCUAUGUGUACAGAGGAAAAAGUUAAAUCUUCAGUAAUAAAGGUCACUAAGCCACCUUUUGGGUAUACUGAGGGUUUUUUUAAGUUUAUUGUGUUUUUAGGAUACAAUGGGGACAAGCUAAUUUGAUCAGAUUAAUAAUAUCGAAACAAUUAAAAUCAUUUUUCAAAAUGCUGCUUUGAGAACAUUUGCUUUUCUGUCCUAAUAAACAGUACUUGCUAGAUUAUAUUAAGCCACUCACUCCAAAAAUACUGACUAAUCAUAGAUCAUAAAUCAUAGUUGAACAAGAAGGAACCUUAAGAGUUAUCUUGUCCUAUCCUCCCAUUCAAAGAUGAGAAAACUGAGGUCCAGAUAGAGUAAAUGACUUGCCUAUUAAAUGUCAAAUUUGAAAUUCAUGCCAAAGUCCUUUGACUCUGAAUGCUCUAUGGGGUAAGGAUAAAUGAAUAAAAUAAUUUAUUAAGGGCUAACUAUAUACAAAGUCCUGUUCUAAACACCAGGGAUACAAACAAAAAAAGACCAUUCCUUGUUCUCAAGGAGCUUACAUUCGCUAGGGGAGACAAUACAUGCAGAGAUUUCUAAUGCAAGUCAGAUAGAAAUGUCUCAUUGACCUGAGGAUACAGUAGCAAAGCAGGUUUCUUUAAUGAAGAAAAAUUAUUCCACUGAAAAAAAUUAUUCCAGUUUCUAGAUGUUGAAUUCAUUUGGUAGUGCUAAGGACUUUGGUGGCAAGAACUUUCUUUUCAACAACUAGAAAAGCAAAAGUAACAAUGCCAAUAGCUAAAUAACAGUAAUGAGUAAAAUAUAUUAAUAAAAACAGCUUGUUUAUAUUCCAAUAAUAAAAAUAUGCAGGCCCCAAGAAGUAGCAUGACAUAAUAGCCUAUUUCAGACUAGCUAGGUUCAACACUCACCUCUUAAUCAUGACCCUGCUUGAGUUUUUCGGGUACUUACUAGCUACAAAAAUACAAAAUACAAACUAGAGAUAUGAAAGAUUUUUAAAAAUCAAAAUAUUUUACUGUGAUGGGGACAAAAAUUUUAAGAAAUUACUGGCUAUGCCUUUUGAUUACUAUGUUCUGCAAUUUCAAUAACCUCAACAAUGAAUCACAUUUUUACUUUUUUGAUUAAGAAAAAAUUGAAUAAAAAUGAGCAUUUCCUUCCUUA